CCGUGUUUGUGUUCUACGACGAGACGGCUUACGUUAUUUUACAUAAACCUUUCUUUCAUAAAUACAGUUAAAAUGCCGUUGUAUGAGAUGUCAGUCAUCGUUAAGAGCUUACCGAAGGGGUCUUUGGUGCAGACAGUGAAGAGAGUUGCCGAGUCUGUCAUGGACCAAGGGGGAUAUUUACGCAAAAUCGAGAGCUUAGGUUCUAGAGAGUUGCCAUACAAAAUGAAGGCUCAUGGAAGAGUCCAUCAGAGAGGAAGUUACUUUUUGCUCCAUUUUGAUGCACCUGCAACUGCCAUCACCGAUAUAAAUGACACCUGUGUUCGAGACGUUGACUUAGUGCGUCGUUCAAUAUUCAAGGUUGAGUCUCCUCCUCAGUUUGAGUGCACACUUAGUGAAGAGGUCAAACCUCCAGUGUAUAGAUCGGAAGUGCAGAAGAUGAUUGAAGAGGCCGAUAAAUCACUACCUGUAAAUAUCCGCAAAAAAUUCAAAAUGAACACAGGUCUUGACUACUAUCCUUUUGGGCACUAAGGAAGGCUGUUGUAGUGUAUUAUAUAUUUGUAAAUAGAUAUAUGUCUUUGUUUA